AUGGAGCAAAAAGUAGUUCUUAUCACUGGCUGCUCAUCAGGGAUUGGACUUAGCCUGGCCAUCCGUCUUGCAUCAGAUCCAUUAAAAUCAUAUAAAGUUUAUGCCACCAUGCGUAAUCUGGAUAAGAAGCAGCGCUUGUUGGAGAGUGUGCAAGGUCUGCACAAGGACACCCUGGCUGUUUUGCAGAUGGACAUCACUGUCCAGCAAUCCAUAUUGACUGCCCAGAGCAGAAUUACUGAGGGCAGAGUGGACAUCUUGGUAUGCAAUGCAGGUAUAGGGCUGAUGGGCCCUCUGGAGGCACAAUCAGAGGACACUAUGCGAGGAAUCCUGGAGGUAAAUCUGCUGGGUACAAUUCGCACUAUUCAGACAUUUCUACCUGACAUGAAAAGAAGGAGACAAGGACAGAUCCUGGUUACUGGAAGCAUGGGAGGACUACAAGGCUUGCCCUUUAAUGAGGUGUACUGUGGCAGCAAGUUCGCAAUAGAGGGUGUCUGUGAAAGCUUGGCCAUUUUGCUACAACAUUUUAACAUCCAUGUGAGUCUGGUGGAGUGUGGGCCAGUGAACACAGACUUCCUAAACAACCUGAAAAAAACUGAGGUGAGUGAUGAUUCUGUGGAAGUGGAUGAACUCACACGACGUCUGUAUGAGAUGUACCUGCAGCACUGUGAGAUGAUGUUUCAGAACGCAGCGCAGGACACUGAUGAUAUUAUCCAGGUCUUCCUGGAGGUGAUUAAGGAUCCAUCUCCAGUCUUCAGAUACUACACUAACAGUGCUCUGCUCCCCCUGAGUAGCCUCAAACUGACGCAUCUUGACGGUUCGCAGUACAUUAAAGCCAUGAGCAAGCUUAUCUUCUCUCGUGCUGUAAAGGAUAAUGUGCAGGAUGAGUAA